UUGUUCGACUGUCAGUAUCACACUGUAGAUCCUGGGAAUGAUGGGUUUAAACACGUGAUCGUCGGUUGGCACCGUCACGAGCCUGACGCCGACACGACCAGAAGGCGAAAUACAUAGAAGUCCUAUAUAAGAUCAUGGAAGAAGAUGAAGACGCGUUCCUUUAUGGGGAGUCUACCGCUGAGCCUGAGCCUGUCGUGAACGUUGCUAUUCCAGGCAUUAGCGCGGGUGCAGACAUACCAUUGUCAGAGUCAGCACCGGGUGCUGUUGGUGAGCACAGUGCUGAAGCUGAUGCAGAAGGAGAAGAUGAACAGGAGGAGGAUGACGAGGAGGAUGACGAUGAGUCUGACAUCGAGAUAAUCUUGAACGCACCUGUUCAAGAAGACACUUCCGCUGCAGCGCGUUCUCGUGAUUUUCGUUCAGGCCCAUCCCUCAGAGGAAGCAUCACAAAAACUUUCAACCCAACACCACGACCCAGCGUCCAUUUAACAACUGAAUACAUCCCCCGUGAACGAGGAGCGCCAGUCGCAAAACCCCCGACCCAACAAGCCGAAUCCACGGCAAUCACCAAACAAACCGAACCUGCAAUGGAACGGCCUAUCAUACCCAAACCCGAACAAAGGACAAACGAUACGACUACAUCAUUACUUCCUGAUUCGUCUUCCUUUCCUGUUGCCAUUGCACCCCCCUCUGCACCACCGAUUGACCCUUCUGCAACUGGAGAGUUCUCCGGUAUAUCAAUAUAUGACGUCGACCUACAGUCGCUGUCAAAUAAGGCUUGGAGACGGCCAGGUAGUGACCUUAGUGACUGGUUCAACUACGGCUUCGACGAGAUAUCGUGGGAGGCGUAUUGUGCCCGUCGCCGAGAAAUGGAAACUAUGGGAACGGAAUUGAAGGCCAACGUUAUGAAUUUGGCUGGAAUGUCAGAAGAGAUGCUUCAAAACUCGGUGCCACCAGAACUAAGAUCGAUGUUGAUUGCCCAGUCUGCUCGAAUGGGAAUACAACAGCAGCAGCAACAGCGAAUGAAUUUCCAUUCACAAUUUGGCGGACCGCAACCCCAAGGUGGUUUCCCCAUGCAGAUGAUGCAUCCUGGGAUGGGAAUGGGUCCUUCUGACAUGAUGGGAGUUGGGUUGCCACCACAAAUGGGCAUGGGUGGGCCAGGAAUGGGAAUGGGCGUCGCACAUGGGAUGCCUGAUGGUAGUGGUACACCAAUGCACAACAAUUUGAUGGGUGGCCCAGGUGGAAUGAACCCAGGACAAGCUCAACAAGUUGGUGAUGAUUCUGGUGUUAUGCAACAGCCUCAGGUGCCUCACGGAGCAGAAGGAGGGUUCCCUAUGCAGAUGGGUCACUUUUCGCCCCAGUCAAUGGGCCUGAGUCAGGGAGUUGGUGGGGAUUUUACAAACACUGGUGCUCAGGGUUCGGGGGGUGGCAUGCAGGAUUCUAUGGUCGGUCCAAUCGGCGGUCCCAGUCAUACUGGCGGGCCAGCAAUGCGAGGGCGAGGGCGAGGGAUACCAUCUCGGCCGUUUGGCGGCGCCAACCCUCCAAUGGGUAGGGGGCAAUUCACGGCCGUUGGCGGCUCCCCAAAUGUUGCCAAAACGUCCGGCAUCCCCAUUGCCCCCAACGUCCCUACUGGGCCGCGCAACCAAAUGCCCCGCUACAAGGAUAAAGAUCGUGACGGUGGCUUGGCUCAGGUGGAUGGGCUGGACUAUGGAGGGAACGGUGGUGGCUCUGGCAAUGGCAGCGGUGCUGAGGAUCGCGAUCGUGACCCACAUAAAGACCGGCACCGUGAGCGAGAUUCUGAACGAGAUCGGGAAAAGGGGAAAGAGAGGGAGCGCGAUCGUGACAGGGACAGAGACAGUGAGCGUGACAAGGAGAAAGAGCGUGGGAGAGAUCGUGAGCGGGAUAAGGAACGCGACUCGGAGAGAGACAAGCAUCGUGAUGACCCCUCACGCAAAAAGGAAAAGACGCCGCCGUUUGGACCUCGAAAAGAUGCGGACAAGGAUGAGCGUGAACGUCGGAGUCGUGAGGAGAGACGCAGUUCGCGUGACGAGCGCCGGCGGGACAGCGAUGAUAAAAGCAUUAGCCGGUACGCACUACCCAUUUUUGAGUGAGAAACGGCCCCAUUCAGAGGAUCAUGAGAGAGAUUCGAGAUCCUUAAAACGUCGCUAGAUCUUCUCUGGUUACCACCAUUCAUUGUCCUACUCUCAUGCUGUCCUGGUGCUGAUGAAUUAAUAGUAUAUUAAUUAUUUACAUAGCAUGAACUACGAGAUAAGCGCGAUAGGCUUGCGUUUUUGUGCUUGGGUUCCAUCAUCAUCAGUGGUUGUACUAAUUAUCAUCCGGG